GGUAGCACCGAGUACGUUUUUCUAUGCUUUUUCUGUAGGAAGGUUAGUGCCUGAUAGUGCAAAAUAUGAACAUUCGUAUAGUAAAAUCUUAUUGUGUUUUGGACCAAUAAAAAAGGGCAUCGCGGUAUAUUCGCGAAGACAGUACAAUGCUACAAAUAGAUAAGAGGCGUCCCUCCCACUGAUGCAAAACAGUUGAUAUUGGUAGCUCUCGUCUCGAUCUGGGAUAACCUCCUGGUUAUAACAACCAACUAUAACUCUCCUCACAUCCUCAGCCGACAAUUGCCAAAACGUUUUUCAAGGAUGGCGUGUCUUUUGCUGAACCAGGAAAAUGUGCAUAUUAAGAUACCAUCGGCUGACACUGUCGACGGUAUCACUUAUUACUGCAUCGAGGUUAGGAUUGCUUCGAUCAAAUGGACUGUCAAGCACAGGUACAAUGAUUUUGCAGAGCUUCACGAUAAACUUGUCUCAGAGAAUUACGUUAAGAAGGACAUAUUGCCGCCAAAGAAGCUUAUUGGAAAUAAAUGCGAAGCUUUUGUAGAAAAACGUAGGCUGAACUUGGAGAUCUAUCUGAACGAAGUAUAUAACUAUUUAAAGAAAGCAAUGCCUAGAGAGUUAGCCGUAUUCCUGGAUAUGCAUAUAUAUGAUAUAUUUUUCCUACUACAAAGUAUGGCUUUAGAGUUUUUUACAGAGGGUAAUAAUUUGUUACAAAAGUCCAAGACUUACAAGUUUAAUCUAAUACAGCUGUACGCGAUCAGCGAGAGAUUGAAACAACCCUGUCCACCGAUCGAAGUUGUUGACAGGAAAUACGACUUUAGUCACGUUUUGGAUUUCAAUUCUCAUCUAACUGGUUUGAUCGUCGAAGGGAGCCCAGAACCUUAUAGAACCAGCAACAUAUAUUCUUCUGCAUUGUCCAUCGAACUGUCAAGUUUCAAAAACAUAGAAGAUCUAACUAUCAAUCAGUAUCCAGUGGAUAAAAUAUACCACAUGGGCAACCUUCGAGACACGGUAACAUAUUUAAAAGUAAACAACACGAAGCUUAGAACUAUCGUGGAAUUGGCAAUGUGCGAGGAGGUGCACAAAAAUAUUGAAAAUGCGAAUGAUUCUCAUGUCUGGUUCAAGGUCACUCACCUAGAUCUCAGCGAUAAUCGAAUAGAAGUUAUAGACGAAGCGAUUAAAUUGUUACCUCAAAUAGAAUGUUUAACUUUAAAUAAUAAUCUACUAUCUGAAAUUUCGAACGUCACUCUUUUACCGAGAUUGUCCCAAUUGUAUCUGGCGUCGAACAAUUUCACAACUCUACCAGACGAUCUGCAUACGAAACUCGGUUAUAUAGUGUACAUCGACCUGUCCCAGAACAAAUUAACUUCGUUAUCGAGCUUUUCGAAAUUGUAUUCGUUGGAGGGUUUGGACGUGAGUUGCAAUCGUAUCGAGAAGAUAGAAGAAGUAAAGAAUAUCGGGCAUCUACCUUGUUUGGAGAAUUUGAGAUUGACCGGAAAUCCAGUGUCGACGAUAGUCGACUACAGGGUGAAAGUGUUAGAACCGUUUGGCAAAAGGGCUGCAGACAUUUGUUUAGACAAUGAAAAACCAAAUCAGAAAGAACUGGACACCGUAUCCGUUCAUCAAGCGUUACGCAUUGCGAGAGAAGGAAAAUCGCCAACGUUCACCGCAUCGGAUGCGCCUUUGUUCUCCGCGGAGAUUCCAAACAUAUGUAUAGGAUCUGGUAAAUUAUGAUUCCACUUGAAACGAUAAAUUCCCUUAAAGAACACUUUGAUAUGAAUUUUUAUAAUUGACCCAAAUUGUUUCUGAAAUACAAAAGAACCUUUUCGUGCAUUUAGAUUUUAAUGAAGCGAAAGCUACCAAGGAUACCCAUAUACAUUUCCCCCUCCCCCCUCCCCUCGUCCACGAAGUGAUAUUACUCUGAGAAUGACAAUUUAAUUGAUUCAGAUGAAAAGGUUCCUUUGUAAAUGAAAUUAAUAUUCUAUUUAAAACGGCGAACAUCAGAACUAUAGUUCUUUUAUACGCUAUUUAUUAUCGAUCUACCGCGUCGGUGCUUUAUAUUACCUUUUAACAUAUGACGAUAAUCUAAUCAGUAUAAUACAUGUACCAAAACAAUAAUCUAUUAUUUAAUCUAUUAAGUCUUAGGAUCGUAAGCCUUAGAUGUCUUUAUUCGAUCUAUCAAUCAAAUAAUACAGAAAUUUGAACGUCAUACAUACGGGGUAGUCAACCUGUUAGGUACGAUUGAAUUUUGUGCGGAUCUGUUUCUCUGUACAGCAGAGUUUGACGCGAAUUACGCGUAAGCGAUACGUACGAUACGUAAAUUGCAAUUUUUCUUAAAGAUAUAAUGUAUAUACUUUAAUAAUUUGCAUUAAUAAUUAAUAAUACAACUGGGUGUGAUAUAUUUCAAAGCACGAUACGACACAUAGACCCACGUCACAAUUUUCAUACUCAUAGCGCAAUAGCGUUUUUCAAAUUGAUCUUCGUUUUCUAUUUUGAAGCGACAUUUUAAGCUCGAGGAUCAUAAAAAAUUAUAAAGAUACGGAUCGGCAUGUUAAAAAGAGUAUCAAAUAAUGGUAUAUUUAUUUUAAUGAAAAGCAACGAUUGUUUGUAUACCGUUAACACAGUUAUAAAACGUUGUGAGGGCAAGAAAGGUGUGAAGCAAGACAAAUGAAAAUGAUCAUUUAGUUCGAACUGCGAGCGAGCCACUAUAGUGGCGCGUCGUAAUAUAAAAUGACAUUCGCGAAAGCCGCUAAUAUAAAGUGGCGCAUCGUACCUAAGAGGUUAAAAAGAUAAACAAACAGUCUGUCUGUUGGAGGAUAACGUGCCACUUAUCUGUGUAAAAGUGAAAUUUGCAAGAUUCUGCUGUGUAAAUAAUUAUUUUUAAAUUGUAUAUUGCGUGUUAUCGUCAUAUAUUUUUUAUACAAACUCGGAAUGCGAAAUAGAAAGAUCGGAUAAAUCGAUGACGCGUAUUUAUUUAUAAUUUAUUAUAUCGGAGAAUUUGGUUUAUAUUAACGGGUACGAUUAACGUAGCGAUUCUCAAACUGUAUUUAUACCUUGCGUAACAAGUGUAAGUAAUUAGCAAUUUAGAAAUAAGAAAGAUUCAGUUUAGGAAUCGUUGUUUCUACGAACAAUGAAUCAUUUUAAACGAUAUUAAUUAUUAUGUAUUCGUGAAUGUGUUAUUUAAAUUGGUCGUAUCAUACGCGUAUGAUACAAACGACUAUUUCUGAGAAAUCUUCGAUCGGAUACGAUCACCGCAGAUUUAUUAGUUGUUAUUCGUUGUUUAAACUUUUAAUACGAUGUUAUUUUGAAAGGUGUAACGUGUUCGGUGUAACAAUUUUAUAAUGGUUUAACACAAACUACCUAUAUAUGUACAUAAGAAGAUUAAAUAUUUUGUUAAUAAAGAAUUCAAAAUCAAUAAACUGUGAUAAUUUGUUGGUAAAUUUUUUGUCAAUUUGUGAUUAACGAAUUAUAUCUUUUUAUUAGAAUUUUUACAUUUUCUAUAUUAUUUCUAUUCCGGACGAAGCAAGGAACUUGGAGAAAUCAACUAUUCUUCUUUUAAAGUUUAUUUUUAUUUAAACUUCCACAUAGUUCGCAUUACCUUUUAAACAUCAUACGUAUCUCGAUAGUAGUAAAAUAUUCAUAAAUAAUAAUAAUAUAAUAAUAAUAAUAAUAAUAAUAAUAAUAAUAAUAAUAAUCAUUACAAUGCUUAACAUAGUUUAAGCAUCCUCGUGUUAUAGUCUUUUAACGUAGUACACCUAAAAACUAACACAUACGUAAGUUAUCGUUUUACAGACGAUCGAAACUUUUCUUUCGAUAAACUUUGCGAUGUACAGUUUUCGAAAUUUCAAAAAUGUUAUUUUUUUCCCCUAAUUCGUGCCUCUCACGAAACACAAUCUAUCAAGAGUUAUAAUCCUUCUGUUCUAUCGUUCUUUGAUUAAAGGCAAUGCGUGUUUCCGAGAAAAAAGUGUUACGUACUUCGUAAAAGAAAGUGUCAUAUCAAAGCGUCGAGAAAAUUGGUAGGUACCAAAAGGAAGAAUAACAACUUAUCAAAUAUCUUUGAUUUCCUACACGUUACACGACGCCUACGGCGUCGUUUAUAUCUUAACAUUACAAUCGUUAAAUAUAUAUAUAUAUAUAUAUAAAUAUAUAUAUUUAUAUAUAAUAUAUGUAUUCUUCUUUUCGUUGAUCAUAACGAACUACGAUCUUCGAUGCUGAUUUUACCGAUCGAUUCCCAGCUGUUUGGAGUUACCACCGAUCGAUAGCAAUCCUAUAAACACACGUGUGUGUAUAUCAAAGCGACAAAAAGCUGAUCAAAAAAGACACUGCAUAUCAAACACCUAUACAGUAAUUUUUUUUUUUUUUUUAUACAAAAUUAGGCGGUUCGUUUGAUGGUGCGUCGAAUGUGCUCGUUACAUUCUACAGCCUCCGAAUAAAGGAUUCGUGUCUCAUUGACGUUCGAUUAUCUCGUCUUCUACGGUAGCUCUUUCGAGUUACAUACGGUCUUGGUCAAAUCGGAUGGUAACGUCUCGAGAAAUUCGUGAAAGGGGGCAAAGUUUUGGAUACCUUUCGUUAUUCGAUGUAAAACAGUUAAUUAGAACGAACGUUUUUCGUUUUGUUUCCUCGAGACUCGAGUGAAAAAACAACGUUUCAAAAUUGCGCUUCGUAAGCUUGUUUCGCUGCGAACCUUGCUUUCCCGCUAGUUCUCGUUUCGUACUCGUAAUUUAUCACACGUCUUGUCUCGAAAUUUGAACACCGAAUGUAGAAUCUCGAUCGUUUUUCAACGAGGAAAUGAAGAAAAAUAAAAGAGGAGGGGGAACAAAACUGAAAAAAGCGUAGAAUUUAUCCGAUUCAAGAGAGAAGAGCGGAGUAAACCGUUCGAGUAAACAGCGAACAAGGAAAGCGAAAGUUCGCAGCGAAAGAGUGGAGAGAAAAAGAAAAACGGAGAAAAAGCAAAAGAAGA